AAUUAAAAAUAUCAUUCCGCGCGCGAUCGUUGUAAGUAGUUGCGCGUUCGUCUCGAAGUAUUUGUUAAAAAAUACGCAAAAAUAAAUUUACGACCUACAUUUAGUGGAAUAAUAAUGGUAAUAUAGUUUUACUAUUAGUGAGUUUCAAGAUACCUGAUUGUGAAUGUUGUGUGCAUUGGAAUUUGGUGAACGCGCAAAACUCAUAAUUAGCAAUGGCGACCAAAUCGUACAGCAAACACAAGGAAUAUAAAGAAUUUUCUAGCAGUAGAGGCACAGUGCCCUACACCGACGAACAAUUCGACAUGAUAAAAUCCGACCUUUUACCAAAAGGAAGCAAACUCGACUCUCUAGGCAGGAGUGGUUUGGGAACCAGAGAGUACCAUUAUGAGUACAAGGAAGAGAAGUUACCCGACGGAAAAUAUGACAGGAAGGACUUCCAUACUGUUGAAGAAUACACAGUACCACCAAAGACCAAACCGAAAUCCUCCGAGAGCACAGCCUACUACUAUGAGAGGCAAGAGAGGGAACUGCCUGUAGUCACUGGCACCAGGACUUACAACUAUGAGACUACGAGUUCUACUCCUGGCUAUUCCAAAGUGAAAAGCUCCAAGGCGACAAAGGAGAUGACUCAGAACGUUGAAGAACUAGAUUCUCUUCUGGAUGACUUGCAAAAGGAUCAGGAACGGCAGUUGUAUAAAACCGGUUAUUCAUCGGACACAGCUGAAAGUACAUCAUUCGACUACCGCAGAGGGACUCCAGUCAAAGCGCCAUCUAGCGGCUACUCGACACUGAAACACGAAGAAAGAGUGGAGUCUUCUUCUUGGGGCUCCAGUCCACCUCCACCUUCUGUCACCCGUGCAGCAGAGAUUCGCCAAGAGGUGUAUAGAGAAGAGAAGACAGAGUCGCGCGUAGUCCCAUCUCAGGUGUCUCCCGCCAUUCCUCAGCCUGUUCCACCCACUUUAUGUACGAAUUGUCAUCACGUACCCUCCACUGGCACUCUGUCGCGCUCCAGUACACCUAUGAACAAAGUGACCACGACCGUAAAGACGUACACGUACGAAGUACCCGCAGAUCAGGACCCAACAACAGUGCCAUUGCCGACACGCGCCGAUCAUAGCCACACUUAUGUGUCUGAAGAGCAUCACAACACAACGACAAGUUCAACAGGCACUCUGCCAAGACCAGCUCCGUCCCCGACUCCUGGAUGCCAGUACUGUUCUCAUUGCAACACUAGGAUCCGGGAGUACCGUACCCACACCACAGAUCACACAAAUGAGCGAAUGAUUUACCCUCCCCCCGCGAACGACACAAAACAGCUGCGUCCCGAACCGCACAAUGGACCCGGCCCCUAUGGUCCAACCUCAUACAAGUAUUCGGAGACGAGCUACUCCAGCCAAAAUUCAACCCAGCGAUUCCCCCCCUCUCCGGUGGGCAACCAUCCCCACUCCCUCGCACCCCCUUCCCCAACUCCUCCCUUCCCUCGCCCCUCAACCCCCUCUAACCAGCAACAACCCCCCAAGAAGCUGGAUGAUCUGUUAGCAGAUUUCCCCGAAGCGCGUUUCCCAACACAACCGGAUGGUAUAACUCAACGCAAAGUAGAAGCAUCCCGGGAAACACAAUCCGCUCAAACCAAAGCCGCGCCCGUGGGCAGUAGUAAGAACGUGGCCGGUCCAGCCGUGUACUACCCUCCUGGUCACACGCCAUUCGUCAACAAGGAUUCCGGAUAUCAGGCUAGCGCAAUGCAAGCUGGUGGCGGUCAGUACGCGUCAGGCCGUGCGAUGUACGAAUACGAGUCUGGAGCUAAAUCUCGCGAAAAACGCAGCGAGAAGAAAACAGCAGUGCCAGUCUGUCUGCCUCUCUGCUGUGCUAUGCCCUGUGUUAUUUUGUGAUUUAACCACUAAUACUUGGACGCGGUUUUUUCUACUGGUAUACGUAAUCCUGCAUUUACGUGUACGUUCAUACGCACAUGUUUAUAACGGAAUAAAAAAAUUGCAGUGGUAUAGUGAUGUGAUUAAAAGUGGUUUUGUAAUGUGUUAUUAAAUUAAUUAAUCGGAUCGAAAAUUUAAUAUCAAGAAACCGCGUCUCAACGCUAUUAAAAUUAAACUCGUGUCUCAUUUUUACCAGUGACAUUUAUACUUCAAAGUGUUUCGUCGCAAGUGCCUUUCGAAUCAAAAAUCUUAUCAAUUGGAGUAGAAUUUUGUAUUCUCAUCAUCCAAGCCCGCAUCUAUUUAGGUAUUUGUUUAGAAACUUUGAAUAAUUUCUGAUUUAAGAUGUAAAUCAAUAGGUUUUUCAAGAAAUCUUUUCUAUUAAAUUCAACUUUAUAUAUUACAUUUAAUUUGAACACGCUGUAUACAGCGUUAUUAAUAAUUGUAAUUAAGUGUUAACCCUGCGAUUUCAAAUAUAUAAUGACUAAUUGUAUAAUAAUAAAUAUUAUAAGCUAAGAAUCUCAGUUUAAAAUACAUUUAUUAAUUAAUAUUAAAUCAUAUAAAAAUAUGAAAGAAUUGCUUUUUAAAGACCCGUACAAAAUAAGUAUAUAUUUUUUAUUUGUUGUAACAAUUAUAUUUUCGUAGUAGUUUUAAUAAUUUUUGGUUUCCAUAAAUAUUCUGAUCAUUUAUUUGCUGUAUAAAAGCAUUAACGGUGUGCCAUUAUUGUUAACGUUGUCUAUGUCU